GUUUACAUUUUUUAUCGAACGUUUUUCAUUAAGAAUUGUUAUUUAAGAGAUUACUGCGAAUUGUAAUAGAACAUAGAUCUAAAAAUGUAUAGAACAACUGCAGUAAACUCCCUAAUAUUCAAAACCAUCAAGUCUAUUACAGACAGCAAUCUCAUGUUUUCGAGAAACUUAUUUGCUGCCAAUACUCUUGGAUUGGAUACAUAUGUUCUGUCAAGAGACCGGACUAAGAUGCAAAUACCAAAUGUUGACAAAUUCAAGGCUAAAAUGGUAGAAUUUGUUAAGGACGAGAAUGCAAAGAAUUUAAUAUUUACGGAAGAUUUAAAGAAUAUGGUUCAUAUUUCACAGAAAGAGGAUAUUGAGUUAUUGUCGCAGAUGAUCAAAAGAUUCUGUUCACAAAGCAAGGAAGUACGAUUCGGAAAUUUCAUUUUUGGACCGCCGUUAAUGAGAUUCUUUCAUCAUGUAAAAGAUUCUGAAGGUGCUUUAAAGCUAUUUAAGGAUGAAUCAUUGGGUGGAUUCUUUGAUCAAGUAAUUACCUAUCAAAUACUAUUGGAUCUUCUUUUCGAAAAGGAGCAAUAUCAGGAAGUGCUUGAUACCUUCGAUAUUAUUCAGUCAAGACAGCUUCAAGGUGCUCGCUAUCCAAAGCACGUAAUUAUUCUUGUAUUUGGAGCUUGUUAUAAACUCAAUACUAAUGAGUCGUUUGAAUAUGCUAAAAAAACUUGGCAAAAAGCUGUUGAUGCUGGUCAUAUCCCAUUAAGACGUGGUGCUACAUUUUUGUCAGCAUUAGCAUUAAAACAAGAUCAACCGUUUGUAGCACUUGAAAUCCUUACAAAUCUUAAAGGACAAAAUUAUGUAUCAGUUCGUGCAUUAAAAUCCCUUGCAUUAGCUAGAUUGAAGCGAUUUGAUGACGUAAUUCCAAUAAUUCGCUCACUUUUGGAUGUAACAAAUCCAAUGAAUGUAAAACAGACGAUUCCAAGUGAUGUCGUUGAAGAAAUCCAAAAAUUAUUCAAAGAACAUAAUACAAUCAAGGAUUUACAGGCAGAGUUUGAAAAAAUUGUCAGCUUCUUACAAACGCACGGUCAUUUAGGAACCGAAACUCUCGAUCAAGUAUUAUGCAGUGAAAUUCAAAUAAACCAAGAUCAACAGCAGAGGCAAGGACAGGGAUCGCAGCAGCAUCAAAUUCGUCAUGUGCGAAAUUUAAAGCAAGUGGAACUUGAUAGACCGUCAAAAUCAUUCCGACGUCCAGGCUUACACGAACUUAAUUGAAUAGGAUAUAGAGAUUGAUUUCAAUAUGGAUAGUAAAGUUGUAAAAACAUUUUAUUAAAGUAAAUAACACAUUAAACACACAAC